GCAGGUCCCCGCGCGCCAGCAGCGGCCGGCGCGGCUCCACCCGCCCGCGCGUCCCGCCGGCCCCGCGCACACGCCCCCCGCGCCCGCCCGCCGGGUCCGCUCCCGUCCGAGCCGCUGCCCGCGCGCCGCGUGGAUGCCAAGUACCAGCUUCCCGGCCGCUUCCAAGUUUCCGCUCGGGCCUCCGGCCUCUGCGGGCUGCGCGGGCGCCGAAACUUUGGGGCCGGCCCGCGGCACCAUGAAGUCGGCAGAGGAAGACCACUACAGCUGCGCCUCCUCCAGCCUGGCGGCGGCCCUGCCUCUGCCCCCCGUGCACGCCUCCCUGCCGGCCCAGUGCCAUGAGCUGCAGCCCUCAGGGCCGGGCCUGGUGACCAGCCACGCCAUGGGCUACGGAGGAGCCGUGGACGGCGGGCCCUCGGGCUACUUCCUCCCCGGCAGCGUGCGGCCCAACGGCGCACCCCCCCUGGAGAGUCCCCGCAUCGAGAUCACCCCCUACCUGGGGCUGCACCCGCACGGCGGCCAGUUCCUGCCGGACGUGGAGGCGGAGGAUGUGCUGCCCGGCGCCCGGCGCCCCCCGGCCACGGCCACCCUGCACCUGCCCCACCUGGACACCUACCGCGACCCCUCCUGCCUCAGCCCGGCCAGCAGCGUGUCCUCGCGCAGCUGCAACUCCGAGGCCUCGUCCUACGAGUCCAGCUGCUCCUACACCUACGCGUCCCCGCAGACGUCCCCCUGGCAGUCGCCCUGCGUGUCCCCCAAGACCACGGAGCCCGAGGAGGGCUUUCCCCGCGGCCUGGGCGCCUGCGGGCACUCGCCCUGCGCCUCGCCCCGCGCCAGCGUCACCGAGGAGAGCUGGCUGGGCGCCCGCUGCUCCCAGCCGCCGUCCCCCUGCCCCAAGCGCAAGCACGGGCUGGACGGCCGGCCGCUGCCCUCCCCGCAGGCCUCGCCCGCGCCCUCGCCCCACGGCUCCCCCCGCGUCAGCGUCACCGACGAGUCCUGGCUGGGCAGCGCCACCCAGUUCACCAGCUCGGCCAUCGUGGCGGCCAUCAACGCGCUGAGCACCGACUCGCUGGACCUGGGCGACGGCGUCCCCGUCAAGGCCCGCCGCACCGCCCUGGAGCCCGCGGCCCCCGUGGCGCUGAAGGUGGAGCCCGCGGCCGAGGGCCCGGCCACGCCGCCCAGCGUGGACUUCUCGCCCGAGGAGUUCCCCGGCUUCCAGCACCUCCGCAAGGGCGCCCUGUGUGACCAGUACCUGUCGGUGCCGCAGCCGCCCUACCCCUGGGCCCGGCCGCGGUCCCCCACGGGCUACACCAGCCCAGCACUGCCCGCCCUGGACUGGCAGCUGCCCGCCCACUCGGGGCCCUACGAGCUACGCAUCGAGGUGCAGCCCAAGUCCCACCACCGGGCGCACUACGAGACGGAAGGCAGCCGGGGGGCCGUGAAGGCGUCGGCCGGGGGCCACCCCAGCGUGCAGCUUCACGGCUACCUGGAGAAGGAGCCGCUGACGCUGCAGCUCUUCAUCGGCACGGCGGACGAGCGGCUCCUGCGGCCACACGCCUUCUACCAGGUGCACCGCAUCACGGGGAAGACGGUGUCCACCACCAGCCACGAGGCGCUGCUGUCCAACACCAAAGUCCUGGAGAUCCCGCUGCUGCCGGAGAACCACAUGCGCGCCAUCAUCGACUGCGCUGGGAUCCUGAAGCUGCGGAACUCCGACAUCGAGCUGCGCAAGGGGGAGACGGACAUCGGCAGGAAGAACACGCGGGUGCGCCUGGUGUUCCGCGUGCACAUCCCGCAGCCCGGCGGCCGCACGCUGUCCCUGCAGGUGGCCUCGAACCCCAUCGAGUGCUCCCAGCGCUCGGCCCAGGAGCUGCCCCUGGUGGAGAAGCAGAGCACGGCCAGCGGCCCCGCACAGGGCGGGAAGAGGAUGGUGCUGUCUGGACACAACUUCCUGCAGGACUCCAAGGUGGUGUUCGUGGAGAAGGCGCCAGACGGCCACCACGUGUGGGAGAUGGACGCCAAGACCGACAGGGACCUGUGCAAAGGGAACUCGCUGGUGGUGGAGGUCCCGCCCUUCCGCAACCCGAGGAUCAGCAGCCCGGUGCAGGUCAGCUUCUACGUGUGCAACGGCAAGAGGAAGCGGAGCCAGUACCAGCACUUCACCUACCUCCCGGCCCUCGUUCCGGCCAUCAAGACGGAGCCCUCGGACGACUACGAGCCGGCCCUGCCCUGCGGCCCCCUGGGCCCGCUGCCCAAGGCCUGCUACAGCCAGCAGCUGGCCCUGCCGCCCGAGCCGCCCUCCUGCCUGGUGACCGGAUUCCCAGCCUGUCCCCAGGGCAGCCCCCUGCUGUCCCCGCCGCCCAGCGCCAGCCCCAAGCUGCACACGCUCUCCUCGGUGCCCUACAAGGCCCUGGCAGGGCCCGGCCCGUGCCAGCUGGGCCUCCCGCCGCCGGCCGCCCCCGGGGCCCUCCCUGUGCCUGGCCCGGAGCUGCACCCCAGCUCACCCCAGCCUCCGGCGCCCUCCUUGCUGCAGCCACAGCCCUGCAGCCCCGCCUGCCCGCCGAAGGCUCCGCCAAGCGCGUCUCCUGCCGCUGGGCCUCUGCCGCUGCCCGAGGUGCACCGGGACGGUGACCCUAGUCUGGCCCCCGUGCCCCUGGCGGUCAAGCGUGAGCCGCGAGAGCUGGACCAGCUGGACCUGGACGACGGGGCGUCCUGUGACCGCCCGGAGGCCAGGAUUCACGCUGCCACUGAUGUUUCUUCCCGGAGAGAACAAGAGUUUCCACCUGAGGCCGGGGAAAGCCCCGCCGCGGCUCCGUGGUUCCAGCCACCACAUCCGGUCGCAGGACAGCUGACGUGGAGUGAGCGAGUUCCUCUUUCGGGUCCCUUGAACGAGGUCAUCCGCAACGACCUGUCCAGCGCCACUGUCCUCUCGUCGUAGGCACAAGAGCCCACGUGCAUGGUAGCAGUGGGCACUACGCAGACUUCCGGCUAAAGAGACUGGACAUCCGUGCCCACCUUGCCCGAGGGGACAGGAGUCCCCACCUCCUGUCAGAGGACUGGGCCGCCUCCUGGCGCGGACGACAAUGUGGCCACCUGGCCCAGCUACGCCCCCCGGCACUGGCCUUGGACCUGAAGUGCCUUCCCCACUGACCACAGCUUCCGGGCGCCCUGAACUUGACUUCCAGUUGGCCACCACUCGAGUAUUUGCAGGAACAACAGAUGCCAUGGUGUGGCUGUCUGCAAAGCCAGGCCGGCUCCGGGAGCUGUUGCUCCCCGCGCUUGACUUCUGUUGCCUUAUCCGGUGCGUUCAGAGAUGGGCCUUUGUCGUCUCAGCCCUCCCCCCGUCCCCUCCGCUGUCCUUCAGGCAGCUGAGGCCGCUCGCUGGGCUGCAGCUCCGCGAGCAGUGUGCCUGGCGCCAAGCCAGCCCAUGCCUGCAUGCGUGUACAUAGGCCUGUAUUUAUGUGUAAAUAUGGAGCAGCCCUCUCAGUAACUGCUCUCUGACUGGAAGACGCAUCGAGACCCUCAGCCUGGCUGUUCAGUCACAGUCUCGGCGAGAUUAGGCACCGCACAUGCUGCGUCCUGGUGGCCGGGGCAGAGCCACCGUAGAUGACUCCCGAGAGGAUCUAACGUACUGUUCAGCUGCACAAAGCCUAUCUCCCAGAAGCCUUAGGACCGCUUCAUCCGAGAAACCACCACCCAAACGAGCGCUGUGGGCUGUGGCGACGGCUCCCUUAGCAGUAGGUUAGCGAUUCGACUAUUGCAUUUGUACAGUGAGCAGCUUAGCACCCUUAUUCCUAGCAGUGACCUGUUGUUUCACAUAACCAAAAAGCAUGGUUCCAGGAGAUGUUUACCGGGCGGUUGUGCCUUAGGAGCCAGCGCCCCCUGCCGGGUCGGGGCUGCACUGCAGCGGGCAGCGGAGGGCAGCGCGGGCGCUCUUGGGCGUGUAGCUCACCCACACAAAGAAUCCUUUCCCAAAUGUCCUUCCGUGCGGUUCUGUUUUCUGGCUCCCAGAGAGCGAGUCUGAAAGCUGUAUCGUGACCUUAGCCCGUGCCUGUGCUGAGCGGAGGUCUGGCGUGGUGCAGGUGCGCAAAGUUCUGUGGCUCUGCCUGCACCCAGAACUUUCCCUGUGUUUUGCAUCUUAGAGUAGCAUGCAGUAUUCCUUAGACUGUCAGAGGGGAGGAGACGUGGAUAUCCGUUAGA